AAUUCUGCCAUUUUUGUUGCCGAUUGGGGAAUUCUUCUGCAAGCACAACAUGGCGAAAAGAUCAGAUUUUGCGCAGAAGCUCUUGGAUGAUCUCCGCUCACGAAAGGAACGGAUAGCCGCGUCUCAAAGCUCAAACCGUUCAAACUCAAUGGCUGUAGAUGCUUAUACUUACUCCAAGCAAACUCAUAAAGGAUCCAGAAGCAUAAAAGCACAUGAAACUAAUGGUUCCAGAACUACAAACAUGCACAACAGGUCUACUGGAAGCAAUAGAUCAUCCAUCAUUGAAGAAGGUUCAAAACAGAUUGUUCCUUAUGGCAGAGGUCGGAGCUCAGAACAAAUAGGAGAUCUGUCCAUGGCUCUGGCUUUUGCCAUUGAAAAUGGAGGAAUACUACGAAGAACAGAUUCCUCUGGCAAUAACUCAGUAUUGGGUUUCCUAAACCAAAUUGGUAGGAGGUCCGUGGAAUUCGUCAAGAUGGAGAGAAGCAGUGCAGGUAGGCAGAGGUCUUCAACUACUGGCUUCCCCAAUCUCUCUCACCUCCACCUUAAAGAAAUAUCAAAAGGGGCAGAAAAGCUAAACCAGAUUCUAAGAGCCUGCUCUAAUGGCCUUAACUUUGAUAGAUAUUCAAUAGAAAUUGGGAAGGAACUGUUAAAAGGAGCCGUGGAUUUGGAAGAGUCUCUCCGGAUGCUUGUAAACUUGCAAGAAGCUUCAGAGUACAUGGUAACCCCACAGAGGAAAAAUCGGAUCAUAUUGCUGGAGGAGGAUGAAGACAACGAAGACAACACUGUCAGAGUAGCCGAGCAGAAGCAACUUGCCCGGCCAAGAUUCUCCUUUGACAAAUCCUCAAGCAAUUUUCAUAACUUACUGACUUAUCCUAAUGAAGCUACUAACUACAACCAUGGAAAUCAAGCACUAGUUACUUCAAAAUCUGUUUCUCACAUUGCUGCAUUCUCAGAACAGAAGAAUCGCUCAAGUUCAUCUGGAUCCAAAGCAGAAAAGGGGAGGAUUUCAAAUGUUAUUGCAAAACUAAUGGGGCUGGAUGAAAUUCCACAACACUUGGAUUCAAAGAAAACCAGACAGAAAGAUUCGACACAAAAGCAAAAAAUAGAAGGGGUGCCCUUACAGCGUACGACACAGGGAAGUACCAAGAAUGCUGUGCUGAAAACUAAAGACAGCAAUGAUCUUGAACCCUCCAAAAGACAAAAAGUGAUAGAAGCUAAAAGGAAUCAUGUUAUUCAUAAUGGGAAACUACCCCAGAAAGAUUUGGAAGGAAUUCAACCAGGGACAAGCUCGGAGAAGGCCUUCAUAAAAAAUGAAAAGCAGCAAAGCAGCAUGCCCCAGUCAAAUCAGAAUAAUGGAAGUCGAAAGAACAUUCAGGAAAAAGAGAGGAGACAGGAUGAUAUAAAGCACAGAGAACAGAAGAGCACAGGAAUGGGCAUCACCAAGGAACCAAUUUCAAGGGAACAGCGGCAGCAGAUGGAAGCACAGGUAUAUAAAAGAUCAGAAGCUGCAGUGAUGCUGCAAGGAAAAACAGGGUACAAAGAAAGCAUGCUUCAAACAGAAAAGAGAUAUACAAGCAAGCUUCUGCCAAACAACAAUCAACAAAGGUAUGAGAACGGUCUUGGAUUAAAACAACCAUAUGUUUUCCAGAAACCUGAGCAACAAGAAGAAAAGAAUCAAGGAGAAGAGAGGGAGCAGCAGAGUGCAAAGCAAAAGUUGCUGGCGAGUAAACAAAGAGGAAGUGAAAUAAAUUUGCAAAAGAAGCAUCAACAUAUGAGCCAAGCCACACACAUUAAGAAAAGUUCUAAAGAAGCUAUUCGUGCAAAUCAAUCAGAAGGGUUUCCAAAUGGCAGACACCAUGAAGAUCUGGUCACUGAGGAAAGCUCUACAGACUUCAACUUCCACAUGAAAUCUUUAAUGAAUAGGAAUUUAGAACAAAAUUAUUCUCCAAGAGAACCAGAGUCUGAACCAGGGGUAGGAAAAGCUCGCAUUCCACCCGUUAUGGAGGAGAAACAACCUCUUUACAUACCAGCCACGCAGAAGGCAAAAAACACGAAAGCUCAUAAAAGUGAGACCCCUCGAAAGAUUGAUGAAGUAGCAACCAAAAGAAAUGGAACACUCCACAAUUUUGCAAGGCCACUAAAGCAUCAGAGCUCCAUUUUGCAAGAAGCGAAGCCAAGAAGGAAUGACAAACUCAGUGGUUACAAAGGAUCAGCAGAACAAGUAAGAGCCAGCAGGUCUAAAGAAGCAGAAUCACAUAUCAUCAAAUCCAACAAAUCAGCAUCAAGUAUCCAACAAUUGAAUGUGAUGCAACUAACGAGAGAAGCUGAACAGGCUUCCCAUUUGUACAGUCCUCCAGGAUCUGGAUAUCAAAGCCUAAAAGAACCAAUUCUACCUUCAAAUGCCAGCAGUCAAAGCAUGGUCCCAACAAUCAGUGGAGAUCAGCAAGAUCAAGUACCUGUUUUUGGUGGAGAUGAACUCGAGAGAAAAUUCACAUCAAAAGCACUUCGUGCAGGAACCCUUGAAGAGAGCACAGACAUCUCUUACCCCUCACAACCGGAACACCAGAAAAUUCUCCAAUCAGGAAUGCAAGAGCCACCAUUGACAGUGAGUGAAAACUGCCUGCAGCAGAUACUGAUAACAAGUGAAGUAUUCCUCAACACCGCAGAGGCACUCUUCAAGCUAAACAUUCCGUUCGACAUUCUUAAUGCCGGCGGCAGCUAUGACUGUACUCGAGACGAAGAAAGCAGGCUCAUAUUAGACUGCGGCUACGAGGUGAUGAAACGAAAAGGUAGAAGGCAAGAGCUCAUCGUUCAUCCCUGCGUGAAGAUAUCAACCGGUUCCAUAAAGUUAAGGUCCUUGGAAAACUUGAUCAAGCAGCUACACAAAGACUUCGACACGUUGAAAUUCUACGGUAGAAAUGGGAAUCCAGCGUGUGAUGUUGAAGAUUACCUGCCGGAAAUGCUGGAGAUCGAUGUCCACAACAGGGACUCCGACGUGAAUUGCAUGUGGGAUUUGGGUUGGAACGAUAUCAUGUUUGCAUUGCUUGAAAAGGACGAUGUUGUCAGGGACGUGGAAAAGCAUGUGUUUCAUGGACUCAUGGACGAGAUCACCAGGGACCUUUUGCAUGUCUACGUUUGAUCGAAAAGCAAUUUCGGUUUUGUCUUUUGGUUUUCUAAUUAUAACGGAAUUUCAUGUCGCUUGCGUUGUUUUGUAAACGACGAAUUACAAUGUAAUAUUGCUCACUUGCAGGCUUGCAAUUCAUAAGGUCAAUUAUAUGUAAUUCUCAAUUCAAAAUUUCAAAACAAUGUACGAAAUUUCAUUCA